AUGAAUACCUCCCGCGAGCCCCCUGGGCCUCGCUACCAGGGCCCAGGCCCCCCAGGCUUUCCAUACCAGGAGCACUUCGGCGUACCAAGUUGCAGUCCGCCUGAAUACCAACAGAAGGAUGACUACUUUAAUGCUGUGCCAAACUUUGAGAGGCGCCUCAACACGCCGUUGAAGCGCAAGGAUAGGGUGAAAAAGGUAAGGGUAGGGAAGUCGCGUGACGAGCUCUACUCGCACACCCCACCCCCCGAUGACUACCAGCUAGGAGAGUUGGACCGAAGUUUUACGUUUCCCAUGCAACCACCUUCGGAGGGGCCCAAGAUAAAGGAAACUCCACGGCACCGAGUCGAGGCGAGAGUUGUGGAGAGACCGUUUUCUUGGAUCAACACCGAGGCGACCACUCCCGAGGUGACAAGCUUGCACGAGCUCGAAGACGAAGUGGUUGAGGUACCGCAUAUGGACCCCAUGGCAGAGUCUCCUCCCGAGGAAGAUGGCAUGCCGUCACGUUGGGUGCAGGUCACGGACGCACAGUACCUGCUUCUUAAAGACUUCCAAGAAUUCCAGGAACGACAGCGCAAAACCUUUUACCAACACGCUAAUGCCCAUAUAUGGCCUCACGGGUCGCCAGAAAGCGACACAAUACCAGCGUUCUAUAGCUCUGUUGUGGCCAGAGCAGAGGGAUCAAGUGCGAGCGCAGAAGUCAGGAGCCUCGUAAAUUUAAAGAACCGAUCAGCAGAAAUAGCAGCACGACGAGCAGGAACAGUCUACGGCGCUUGA